CGCGUGCAUUGUUUUUAUUCCGUUUAUGGAAUCGUUUGCGUGCGAAAAAUCGCAAUAGUUUUCCGGCAACGAUGAUAGUUUCCUAGCCUAGUUCUAUUAUCCGACUGAAGUGAAACCAAAACUACGUUCCGGUGGCAUAAUUGAGCUCUUGAAAAAUGGCCGAAACCCUUGGCAAACGAUGGCGCUUGCUGCUGUACAUCGCCCGGUUACGGUACCCCCGUUAUCCGGCCUACUACUUCCCGGUGUUUGUGCUGCUGCAGGGGCUGAAAAAGCUUCGCUCCGACCUGAAACUGCGCCUGCUGGACUUUUACCUUCAGCCCAUACCGAACGUGCUGUUCGAGCAGCUUCAAUCCGACCAGCUGGUCGCCUCGGAACAUACCCUCUUCGUAUCGCCCACCGUCUUCCGGGAGUACGUAGUCGAGCGGGAAAUCAAUUGGAUCAAUCUCGUCCUGAAGGUGGCCAAAUGCUCGGAGCAGGUGGAGCCAACACCGCACGACAAAAGCCUUGUCUCGAUCAUCCUCAACAAGCAGGACGUGUCGCUGCUCUGCCAGGUAGCACCCCACGCGGACGUCCCGCUCAACGCACUCUGGGUCAAGGAGAAUCUGGUCGAGAACCUGAACGAACGGUACACGCGCCACACCGGUGAACGGUACUGGGCCCGGCUGCAGCGCAUCACCGAGGGCCAACAUUUGCCCGCGAUCGUGGCGAAAGCGAACAUCUUCCUCUACCAAACGCCGUACGAUCUUAGCUCCGACAUGGUGGACUUUAUCCUCGGCCGGUACUUUGAAACGCCGCGGCUACUCUACCGCAACCACACCUACCAGGUGCCCCUGACGGAGCGCUUUCUGGGCAACACCUUCUACACGAAGCACUUUGCCGUCCUCGUGCACAUGCGGUCGCUGUGGUUCAAGUGCCUGAACCUGGACUCGACGGCGGGUGCCUUCGAGAUGAGCGGAAUCGCGCAGAAAAGCCUUACCACGCUGCAGCAAACGACGACGUACAACAAUUUCCUACUGCCGGAACGGUUCGAUGGGCCCAACAUGCGUCCGAGCUGUCCGUUUGGGUUGCGUAAAUACUUCCACUCGCUGCGCUCUUCGCUGCAGGCGUACCUGAAGAUGGAAAACAAUGGCCUGGUGCGGAACGGCAUCUAUCCGGUGUUUAUGCUGCGCGGUGAGCGUGGCAUUGGCAAGAUGGCCGUACUCCGUUCCGUGGCCAGCGCGCUCGGCAUACCGAUCUACUAUGCCGAUUGUAGCGAAAUCAUGACCUCGAUUAGCUCGCAAACGGAGACGAAGCUGAGCACCGCCUUCAACAAGGCGAAGGUGUGCGAACCGUUGAUCAUCUGUCUGGAGAACUUCGAAGUGUUCGGUGUGGACAACGAAGGCCACGAGGAUCAGCGCAUUACGGGUUCGUUCCAGGCGGAACUGAUGACGCUCUUCGGGCGCCAGUACUCCCAUCCGGUCGUGGUGGUGGCAGUGGCAAACCAGAAGGAAUCCAACACACCCAAACUGACCUCCCUCUUUCUCGAGGUGAUACAGCUGCAUGCACCUACCACGGCCGAACGGUUGGAGCUGCUGCGCUGGAUCUCCCUUGGCCAUCGGUAUCGGCUUCCGGUCGCCCAGCUGCAGAAGAUUGCCGAGCAAAGCCAAGGCUUCACGCUGGCCGACCUGGAGCUGCUGUACGGCAAUGCGCUGGAAGCGUGGCGCCGUUCGCAAGACACCGGCCGGGUAGGGUUGAACCACUUUCUCGCAUCGCUCGACCACAUGCAGUCCACCUUUUCGGACAGUCUCGGUGCGCCGAAGGUGCCGAAGGUGCUGUGGUCGGAGAUUGGCGGACUGGCCAAGCUUAAGUCGGAGAUACAAAACUCGAUCGGGCUGCCGCUGCGCCACAAACACCUGAUGGGGAAGAACAUGCGCCGGUCGGGCAUCCUGCUGUACGGGCCACCGGGCACGGGCAAGACGCUGAUCGCGAAAGCCGUCGCGACCGAGUGCAAUCUAAGCUUCCUGUCCGUGCAAGGGCCCGAGCUGCUGAACAUGUACGUCGGCCAGAGCGAGCAGAACGUGCGGGAGGUGUUUGCCCGCGCCCGGACCGCUUCGCCCUGCGUGCUGUUUCUGGACGAGCUGGACUCGCUGGCACCGAAUCGGGGCGUGAGCGGCGACUCGGGCGGCGUUAUGGAUCGCGUUGUGUCGCAGAUGCUGAGCGAGAUGGACGGCAUAUCGAAGGACCCGGGACAGCAGAUUUUCAUACUCGCAGCCACCAAUCGACCCGACCUGAUCGAUCCGGCACUGUUGCGACCGGGGCGGUUCGACAAGCUGCUGUACGUGGGCCCGAGCUGCACGGUGGAGGACAAGGAAAGUGUGCUGCGGGCCGUGACGGGACGGUUCCGGCUGGCGGAGACGCUUACGCUGCGCAAGAUCGCGGAAAGCCUCAAACAGGACAUGACCGGUGCGGACAUGUACUCGAUCUGUUCGAACGCAUGGUUGAGUGCGGUCCGCCGAACGGUAAAGGAAGCAAUCGCAGGUGACUCCAUCGACGAAGGGCUGAAUGCGGAUCAAGUGAUCGUGACGGAGGAUGAUUUCAAAGAAUCGGUCAAAAAAUUCAUCCCCUCCAUCAGUCCCGCCGAUAUGGCGUACUUUAAUCAACUAAAAGGGAACUUUAGCGCGUGAGCGAUAAAAGGAGGGGUGGGACAAGUCAUUCAAACAGGUAACGGGUUAUUGUCGGGACAGGAGUUGUUAAUUAGUUCUACGUACAGAUUAAACGCGGUAAACGGUAAAGCUUUCA